CUCAAAAAGCGAGAAAAGCCAACAAAACCCGUUCUUUUAGGGACAACCUUAACAUUGCCCUCAUCCCGCUUCUUUAAGAAGUUUUUCAGGUAAAGAGGCCGGAUCGGAUUUACCGUAUAACUAGUAAGUCCAGUUUGACCGACCAAGAUGACACAGGAACAUGACAACAAGAGAGCGGUGUUGGUGCUACAGAAUGACCCUGGCUACAGCCAGAGGAGAUCCUUCACGAACGAGGACGAGGCCUGGAAAUCCUUCUUGGAGAACCCCCUGACGGUCGCCACCAAGGCUAUGAUGAGCAUCAAUGGAGACGAGGACAGCGCAGCAGCUCUGGGACUCCUCUAUGACUACUACAAGGUGCCACGGGAAAAGAGAACAAUAUCACCGGGCAAGACAGAUGUGCUGGGAUCUGAUGUGGAUCCCAACAAAAGGAACCACAUGGUGCCAAUUCAGGAGGCUCCCAUGGCGUCGGGGGAGAACAGAAUCCAGGUCCUGAAGGGCGUCCCGUUCAACAUCGUCCUCCCGAACCAGCUCGGGCAGGACAAGAGGGCACCAUUCCCUUCCCCAGACACCACGGUCACUGUGUCCAUCGCUGCCGUGCCCAGCUACCCGGUGAAGACGGAGGGCGUUUCGCAUGGCUUCCCCGUGCCGGCGCCACCGGGCGCCCACUGCGCCGAGCCAGACGGGCACGGCGUGCCGUUCGAGCGCUCGAGCAACCACAGCCAGUUUAGCCCCUGCACGCAGCCCCGCACCCCCGACUCCACGUUCCCGGAGACCUUCAAGGACAGCUCCCAGGAGGUGUUCCCUUUCCCUGGGGAUCUCCAGUUACGCAUGCCCCCCAUUGCGCAGGAUGAUUACACCAGCUUCGAUACCGUCUUGAGUAAUAACUUUGAAUACACACUGGAGGCUUCCAAGUCUCUCCGGCAGAAGUCUGGCGACGGCACCAUGACAUACCUCAACAAGGGCCAAUUCUAUCCCAUCAGCCUUCGGGAAACCGACAACAACAGCAAGGUCUUACACCACCCUAUCAGCAAAGUCCGGAGUGUGGUGAUGGUGGUGUUCGGGGAGGAGAAAUGCCGGGAAGACCAGCUCAAGCACUGGAAGUACUGGCACUCCCGGCAGCACACAGCGAAGCAGCGCUGCAUCGACAUCGCCGACUACAAAGAGAGCUUCAACACGAUCAGCAACAUCGAGGAGAUCGCCUACAACGCCAUCUCCUUCACGUGGGACAUCAACGAGGAGGCGAAGAUCUUCAUCGCGGUGAACUGCCUGAGCACAGACUUCUCCUGCCAGAAAGGCGUGAAGGGUUUACCCCUCAACCUGCAGAUCGACACCUACAGCUACAACAACCGCAGCAACAGGCCCAUCCACCGAGCCUGCUGCCAGAUCAAGGUGUUCUGCGACAAGGGCGCCGAGCGCAAGAUCCGUGACGAGGAGAGGAAGCAGACGCGCCGGAAGGGGAAGUGCGUAGACCUGAACACCAACCUCAGCAGCUAUGUGGAUGUGAAGAUGCCUACAUUGCUGCACAAGCGCAGUGACGUCACCACCUUCAAGGUGAUGACUGACUUCGACACCCAGCCGGUCCUUUUCAUCCCCGAUAUCCACUUCUCCAACUUCCAGCGCCACCAGUUCCCAGCAGAAGAUGGAGAGGAAGGCUCGGCCAUUAAGAGGUUACCGUACUCCAGUGAGGAAGAGUUUGGCUCCUCUGCCAACAAGAUGGCCAGGAUGGAAGAGCCCAAGAAAGUCCUGCUCUACGUACGGAAGGAGACGGAGGAGGUGUUUGAUGCCCUUAUGCUGAACACCCCCACACUGAAAGGCCUGCUUGAGGCGAUAUCUGACAAAUAUGAGGUGCCGCUGGAGAAAAUAGGCAAAGUCUACAAAAAGUGCAAAAAGGGGAUCCUCGUGAAUAUGGACGACAACAUCAUCAAGCAUUACUCUAAUGAGGACACCUUCCAGAUUCACAUGGAGGAGUUGGGUGUGGGGUACAAGCUCACCCUCACGGAGAUCUGAAGAGAGAGGGGAAUACAGGCUUCAUAACGCCCCCCCCCGGCCAGUUCGGACUGCUGCGGGCCUGCAUCGCGGACGGGAUUGGGGUUUACAUAUCGUGUAUAUAGACCUACCCUCCACUCUGUGCCUACGGUCUGUCUCUGAUGUUUUCGCCGCACUCCUCCAUCAGCUGAGGAGCCCAUUGGUUCUCCUCGUAGCUCAGAGGAGUUCGGGUAAAUGGCUGCCGCUGGUCACAAACGAGCUGACCAGUGACGACACAGCGAGCUCCAGUAUGUCCGUGCCUUUCCCCCCCAUUUCCUGAAUAAUAGAAAAUGGACAUUUGGAAGCCCCUUAGAUGGACAUCCUAGAUGGAGGUAGACGUAAAAGUUGUGUAAAAAAACAACUCUACUUUGAAUAAUCAUCACCAUCCAGAGCAUCGACUGUGGGAUUUUUGCAGGACGACAUUCAGAAACCGGUCCUUUAAGCCACUCUGCAUUUCCCCUACGAUUUUUCUUUGUGUCCAUGUGGAUAUUAUUGCACUGAAGGAAUAACACUUAGGGUAUCAUGUGUAGGGAUUUAUUUCGAGUGUCUAAAUUUGAUUGUAUAUACAAGCACAGCCAACCGGACCUGACUCAAUCUGAAGCAUAACAUCUUGCAGUAUUUAGCCUGUAAACUUUAAGCAGCCAUCCUUCUCAUAUUUCUAACGGUGACAUCUUCAUUAUUUCUGAUGUCACCACUUCUGUGAUAUCCACACGCAUGCAGAUGGCUAUUGAAAUGUUGUUGAAGCUGCGUGGGUUUUUUUUUUGUUUGUUUCGUUGAAAGUGUUGUGCUCUUAAUAUUUGGAAUUCGGCCAUGUUUUUUUUUUUUUUUGCAGUUUCAGUGAAUUUUGCUUACAGUAAAUGCAUUUGACCUGUACAAGGACGUGCAAUGAAGUUCACUCACCAUUAUAUGAGCAGAUACCGUCUAUAAAUCCGUGUCGAUAUGCAUCUGUAUAGAUCUGUAUAUAUCAUCUCAUAUAAAUCGAAUGUGUCAGUGUCAAAAAAUAUAUUCUCAAUGACUAGCAUUUCCUUUUUCUAAUUACAAAUAUUCAGAAGCCAGUGUAGGUCUUUUGAAAAUAUGUUUUUUUUUUUCUUUUUUUAAAUAAAAACCUAACUAGGUUGAUUGGCUAGAGCAAUUAUGCUGAAAGUACGUGAUAUAUUUAUUUUAUAUAUCAAGAACAGGGUUGGGGUGUUAAAGAAUUAUGAAUUUCAGAAAAUGUUUAUUAUCAUUUAAUAUUGUAUUAUUUUGUUUUUAUAUGGAAAUAUUACAGAGUGUCGUUUGUAUGCUAUGGGAUUUUUUAUUGUUAUUUUUACAAGGGGGUGGAUCUGCUUCCUUAAUGCUCAUGGUUAGAUGCUUCCAUGUGUGUAAUAUGCAUUAUGAUGAAUAAAACCAGCAUUUGGACGAA